UCACGGCUAGAUCUCGCGGUCACACUGUUUUUCAUAGGUCAGCACGGAUGCUGAUUUUUCCAUCCAAGGCUUUUUUGGUUUUUAUAUCAAAAUUAGUUGCUUUCAAUAUAGAAAAAAUAUCCCCCCGACAAUUUGUAAUUGGUUAAAGUCUGUGCACGUGCAUUUGGCAAGUGAAUAUCGAGCCCUCUAUUUGGCAAUUUACGUAUUAUAAAAACGCAUUCGUCACACCUUUGAACACUCUCACCAAUACUUAAACAACUAAGUACAUAAUAGAAAGCAGACGGCGAAUAAAGUGAACGUAAAAAGACGGCAAUAGUCUUAUUAGACAAAUACCAAGUACUAAUUCUAGUACUUAUCGACGCUUCGAUUUUCGGUUUGAAACGAAAACAACAAGCAUUAACUUUUUGGAAAUAUUACGCAAGUAUUAUUUCUGUGUAUAUUUGUUGGUAAUCAUGGCUCAGUAAAGAUGAAUCCUCAACGAAACAUAACCACGCAACGGACUCCGUGUGGAGACAAACGUCAACGCGAGACGCAAUUUGCUGUCAAUUCGCAGCAUCAGCAACAACAAACAAUUUCCCCUACUUUCACCUACCUUCCCCGCAACGAGAACUGCCUUCUUAGCGCAGCCAAAAAUAACUACAAUGGACAACAACAACAAGAAACAACAACAGCAACAGCGCACAAACAAAUCAUCUGCUGAAGCUCAACGCAAAUCAAGUGAUUUGCAUGUCAACAAGACACGCAAUUCCCGACGUCGUGAACAGCUUGCAACACCAAGGAACGAGCAGCAACAACGCAACGUCAAACAACCGCAGCAGCAGCAGCAACAACAACAACAGCAGCAGCCUGCCAAGCUUCGUGCCAAUGUGGACAAACGUCCACGUGCCCGGGGUGGCAACGGUAACGGAUCAGGCUAUGGUCAAGGGUCUAGCUAUGGCGAUGGCGAUGGCGAUGGCUCUGCAGGCACAGAUGCGGAUUACUUUAAUGGCAGCACCGGAUUAGCAGCAAUGGGCGCCGGCUACAAGCGUAGCGGUGAUCUUGACUACGAACUGAACUCUGUGUAUGUGCACGGCAGCAAGAAACAGAAUUUGAAUCAUCUGUUGAACUUCCACUGUGUGCCACGGCACGAGUUGUCCUCCGACUGGCAUGCCACUGGACAUGGACAUGGCGGACAUGGUGUUGUGUCCCGUCGGCAGCCGCGUUACAACAAGGAGCAAUUUCUUCAGGCCAACUUUCAGUUUGUCAUUCGCAGCAGUGCCAAGGCGCAGGUGAAUGGCUCGCCUGAUACUCUGAUUGAUUGGAAUUUGAUUGAACAGAUCAAUAUACAUACAACGGAGGAGCCUCAAUGUCCCAUUUGCCUCUAUCCACCGGUGGCAGCCAAGUUGACGCGUUGUGGCCACGCCUAUUGUUGGCCAUGUUUGUUGCAUUACCUAUCCUUGAGUGACAAGACCUGGCGCAAGUGUCCCAUCUGCUAUGAUGCCAUCCAUGCCGCAGAUCUCAAGAGCUGCACCAUCGAACAGCAGCAGUCUAUGAAUAUGGGAGAUUCUAUAAGCUUUCAGUUAAUGCGUCGUCGCAAGGGUUCCAUGUACAUAGAGCGCUAUGCAGAGGCAGAAUUAGGAGGAGCUGCUUUAGAGCAUGAGCGUUUCCCUCUGUUGAGUGCUCUGGAUGAUGCCAAGCGUUUCUCCAAGUUCUUGGUUGCCAGGCGUGUGGAUGUUGCAGCCAUUAUCGAUCGUGAGCGUCGCGAACUCUUGGCAGAGUCGGAUAUAUCCUGUCCCGAGGAUAUUUUCAUACAGCAGGCGCUGCUCACACUAAACGAACGAUGCGACAAACUCGGCUUGGAGCCAGAAGAGCAACCCCAACAACAACAGCAGCUACCAUUGCAAUUGGUGGAAGAGGAGCAACAAGUCAAAAUUCUUGAUAUUGAUGAGAAACCUGACGAUGCCUCGGUAUCAUCCUUGGGCGAGGCAAGCAGCUGCAGUAGCUCCUACAACAACAACCAGAACAACAACAUCCACAACACCAACAAAUAUUAUUACUUUUAUCAAUCGAAUGAUGGGCAAAACAUUUAUUUGCAUCCCUUAAAUGUUAAAAUGCUACAGGCAUGCUAUGGCACAUUGGAUCUAGCCCCUGUAUUGAUCAAGGCGCCGAUAAUACAAAAGGACCAUCACUCCAUGGACGAGGAGCAUCGUCGUAAAUUCACCUGUUUGGGUCAUUUGCCGCUCACCUGUCAGUUUGCCGUUGUCGAGGUCGAACUACAGCCUCCAAUUAUUGCUGGCAGCAUUCUUAAGCUGUUUAAGGAUGAUCUGCUGCAUCGCAAAAAGGAACGCCAACGUCGCGAGCGUGAAGAACGUAAAAGAGAGAAACAUAUUAACGAGAUCAAUGAUCGCCAGAUGGGCAAACUGAUUGCCAGUGCAGCCAACUUGAAUCUAAGCUCGACUCAUGAGUUUCCAACUUGUGGUUUUGAAGAGGAAUUGCCCGCACCGCGUGGCUCUAUGCCCAUCUCUAUUGGUGAGGCAAGCUCUGUAUGUUACUCCAGAGUGGCUGCCAGUCCAAAGCAGGAAUUGUGGCCCAGCAUUGGCAGCGUAGCCUCACCAGGCAACUCCUCUGGUCCGGAGUUUCAAAUGGGAGCUUGGGGUCGCGCUGCUCCGCCGACACCGAAAGCUGCUCCUGUCGCCAAUCGUCCCACUCUAGAUGAGGAGAACGAGUUGCGUGCUGUCGGUCCUUGGGCACUGGGUGAAUUAUUUGUCGGCGCUUUGGGUCAACAGAAGCAGCAACGUGGUGGUGGCAAAGCAAACACCUCUGCAGUGGAUGCCUCAGCCAGCAAGAAGCAAAAGAAAGCAAAGGGCAAGAAAAUGGUUCCCCUUUUCGCUGUCGGCAUGAAUAGAGCUCCAUAGAUCAUCCUGGAUGACAUUAACCAUGGCAUUAAACAAAUACCGUAGUAUACAACAUUAAAUAUGAAAAAUGGAAAUUUUUGUUUAGAGCGAUAAAGUCGCAGGAUUACUAUUAUUUCAACGUUAUUACAAAUAACAUAAAUUUAAAUCUUUUAUUAUUUUAAUUAUUUUACACUCAUAUGUAAUUGCAUAAUUAUAUAACAAACAAUAUAUAAUCCAAUAAAGGCAGAGAACAUAGC